AAAAGAUUACAUCCCAAAAAGCAAAUUUACGCUUCGACACCAAACCUAAAAUCCGCUCCACUCGACACCGCACGCGCCGUCGUCCACCGUGGACUCAUCACCGACCUCCGUAACCAACGGCGCGGCACUUCUUCAACUCUCACCCGAGCUGAAGUUCGGGGAGGCGGUGUUAAACCCUACCCGCAAAAGAAAACGGGUCGGGCUCGACGUGGGUCGAACCGAACUCCGUUAAGGCCCGGUGGUGGAGUUGUGUUCGGGCCUAAACCGAAGGAUUGGUCGGUGAAAAUUAAUAAGAAGGAAAAGAGACUAGCGAUAUCCACAGCGAUUUCGAGUGCGGUUGAGAAUGCGAUUGUUGUUGAAGAGUUUGAUGAUAAAUUUGAUAAACCGAAGACGAAGGAGUUUAUUGAGCUGAUGAGGAGGUGGGGAUUGGACCCGAAAGAGAAGAGUUUGUUUCUGAUGACGGAGGUUUCGGAUAAUGUGGUUCUUUCAAGUAGGAAUAUUGGGACAUUGAAGAUGUUGACACCGAGGACGUUGAAUUUGUUUGACAUAUUGGAUUCUGAGAAGCUGGUUUUCACUAAAUCCGCGGUGGAGUUCUUGAAUGAACGAUAUGGAAAUGAUGAUAAUGAUUGGGAAGAGGAAGAAGAUGAGCAAGAUGGUUAG